ACUCUGGUCGAUUGAGUCAAGAUGGCGGCUUCCUUGCUUAGGCUCACUCGCGGGACUUUAGCUAGAACCUUAAACGCUGUGAGUCGUAAUGCUGCACUGAUCCCAGCUCGUUCUGAAGCAACAGCAACUGAGUCGAGACCUACAAUUAGGCCCACAGAUGCAGUGACUCAUAACCAGCUGUCCCAGUUUGGGGAAUACGUGGCUGAAAUUCUUCCCAAAUAUGUGCAACAUGUACAGGUAACCUGCUACAAUGAGCUGGAAGUUAUGAUCCACCCAGAGGGAGUCGUACCUGUGCUGACUUUCCUUCGGGAUCACACCAACGCCCAGUUCCGCAACAUGAUUGACCUCACUGCAGUUGACGUUCCCGCACGGCAAAACCGCUUUGAGCUUGUGUAUAAUCUGCUGUCACUGCGCUACAACUCUCGCAUUCGAGUAAAGACCUACACAGAUGAGUUAACCCCCGUGGACUCGGCUGUCUCUGUCCAUCAAGCAGCCAACUGGUAUGAAAGAGAGGUGUGGGACAUGUACGGAGUGUUCUUUGCAAAUCAUCCGGAUCUGAGACGAAUCCUAACAGAUUAUGGAUUUGAAGGACAUCCGUUUAGAAAAGAUUUCCCUCUGUCUGGAUACGUAGAGGUGCGCUAUGAUGAUGAGCUGAAGCGGGUUGUAGCAGAGCCUGUGGAACUUGCCCAGGAGUUCAGGAAGUUUGACCUGAACAGUCCAUGGGAGGCAUUUCCAGCACACAGGGAGUCUAAAGAUGCACCCAAACUAGAGGCUGGGGACAAACCUGCAAAGUAACAUCCUUUUAUUUCUGAUGAGGGUGAAUGUGUGACACACACUGACACCUUUUCUGCUACCGUAUUUAUGUAAAUAUGAGACCAUGUGUUGACUUCUGUAUCUCAGUCUUUAUUUCAGAGACCUUUCAAGCAUCUGAAUAAAGAGUGAAUUCAAAAAUAA